ACAUCUACAAUCUCAACCACAAUUAACCUCUCUAUAUCAGUGUCUCCAUCCUUCUUAAAAUUCACUUGGUCCUUAAAAUCCCCACAUUCUAGCUUACCUAUAUAUAUAUAAUAUGGCUGACCAUAACAACUCACCUAUGCAACAUCGUCGACUAGACCAACCCUUUGAUCAGCCACCAGUGCCAGCCCUUGACCCUCCCCAUCCUCCCACCGAGCAGUACUACUCAUUGGACCAAGUCCAAAAUUCGCACCCUAUUCACACGUGUGAAUCUCCCUCAGCUAAGCCAAUUCAAUCUCCAAAGCCCGCCAUGGCCUCGGGUUCUUCAAGCAGACACCCAAUGUAUCGCGGAAUUCGGUGCCGGAGCGGCAAGUGGGUCUCGGAAAUCCGAGAGCCACGCAAGACCACACGUAUAUGGCUGGGCACGUUCCCCACCCCGGAGAUGGCCGCUGCCGCCUAUGACGUGGCGGCGCUAGCACUAAAAGGUGGCGAUGCAGUUCUCAAUUUCCCUGGGUCAGUUGGUUCGUACCCAGUUCCGGCCUCUACAUCGCCCCUUGACAUACGUAACGCCGCUGCAGCAGCAGCCGCAUUGAAAAAGGCUGAAUCGAGUGACAAUCAGCGACUCGGGCAGCAGUACUCACGUAGCGAUGGGAAUCCUACGCAUGAAUCAGGUUUAACAUCUGGAGACGAGUUUUUGGAUGAGGAGGCUAUAUUUGGCAUGCCAAAUCUGCUAGUGGACAUGGCUGAGGGAAUGUUGGUGUCCCCGCCGAGAAUAAAUUCAUCGGAUGACUCGCCGGGAGGUUCAGAUGGAGGAGAGAGUUUAUGGAACUAUUUUUGAGAAUUCUCCAGAGCCAUUUUAGUAAACGUUAUGCAAAAUUCGAAAGUAGAAUAGAAAAGGGAAUAGAAAUUAACUACGAAAAUGCCUUUGCAUUAUGUGCCUGUCA